CUAUGUAGCAAAAAGAACAGCGUGUCGGUUGCUAUGACAGUCAAGCUUCCCAGAGCUCAGUUGAUUUCUAAUCAUCCGAACUACAGAAUCGAAGGUGCCAGCUCAAGAGGAAAACCAAAGAAAAAUAAAUGAGGGAUACACUACAGAAACAUAAGUCAAACAUGGCAACAAUUUCUGAUAUAAGGCCAACGAAGGAAUUCCAAGGGGCAAGAACUCACAUGCCAAUGUUGACUUGCAAAGGAUCACUUUUUGCAGAGGGUUUCACAAACAAGUCACGAAUGAAAAAUGUUCAGGUCUUAGGUCCACCUGGAGCCGGUGCAUUCAAGAAGCGACCGGCCAAACCAACACAAUUCCGGAAGUUUUACGACCGUGGGGAUCUCCCCAUCGCACUUGAGCAUGACACGAAGGGGAAUAAAAUUGCUUGGAAAGUUGAGAUUGAAAAACUUGAUUACCAUCAUUAUCUGCCUAUCUUCUUUGAAGGCUUGAGAGAGACCGAGCAUCCAUACGAGUUUUUCGCACGUCAAGGUGUGCAUGAUAUGCUGGAACAUGGGGGCAGCAAGAUACUCCCCGUUGUACCCCAGUUAAUCUUACCUAUACGCGAUGCUUUGGAUACACGGGAUCAACAAGUCGUCUGCACGACUUUAAAGGUAUUGCAGCAUCUUGUUGUAUCAGGCGAAAUGGUCGGGGAGGCAUUGGUACCGUACUACAGGCAGAUCCUUCCGGUUCCUAAUAUUUUCAAGAACAGGAAUCUGAAUUCCGGGGACGGAAUUGAUUAUAGCCAGCAGCGACGUGAAAAUAUAGGCGAUCUUAUUCAAGAGACCCUUGAGGCCUUUGAAAAACAUGGUGGUGAAGAUGCUUUUAUUAAUAUCAAAUAUAUGAUUCCAACUUAUGAAUCUUGCAUGCUGAACUAAACGAAGCAGUAUUAUUCGUCUGCAGUUUUAAGGCUUUCGUUUAUUUAUUGUUUACCAGUUGAUGUACCAUUGCUAUAUCGUAUUCAUUCAGAAAACAAUGCAUGUAAAUCAUUUUUAUCGGUGUUUUAAAUAUUCAAUUAUUUUAACUGUAUAUAAGUAGCAUUUCCCAAUUAAACUCAAUAAACUAA